AUGCAAACGGCGCGGAUCCCCGCGGCCCCGCGCACCGCGCGCAUCGCCUCCACCGCGGCGGCGCCGGCCCCGCCCCGCCCCCCGCGCGCACGCGCGCGCCGCCUGCACGUCUCCGCCGGCGUGACAGACCAGACCGCGCGCGUGUGCGGGGACCCGGAGCGCGUCUGCUUCCUCGUCAGCGACGUGGCGUCGUGGACUGCAUGGUCGCCAAUCACCAAAAAGGCGGACAAGCGGGGGCCGCCUGCUGACCAGAUCCAGGUCGGCACGAGGUUUGAGCUGCAGCAGGAGCUCUUUGGCGUUUACUCAUUUACCAUGCUGUAUCAGGUGGUAGAGCUGGAACCUGGGAAGAAGCUGGCCCUGUCUGGCCUCUCCGACCACUUCACCUCCGUCGACCAGUUCAUAUUCAUGCCGGACGUCCAUGAUCCUAACAUGACGGUGGUGCGGUAUGUGUCGGACAUCAAGCUGCUGCAGUGGAAGUCGGCGCUGCAGCCGGUGGUCUCGAGCGCCUCUCCGCGUGCGGCCGGCCGCGCCGCGGCCGCCACCGCGGCGCCGCCGCCGCCGUCGCCCGACCCCUCUGGGCACUACGCCGCCCUCGGGCUGCGGGUGACGUCAUCCUCCGUACCGCCUGAUGACGAUGACAUCAGGUCGGCAUACCGCAAGCUUGUGAUGCAGCUGCACCCCGACCGGCAGGCUGGCAAGGGCCCGGCCGCGCAGCGGCAGGCAGAGGAUGAGUUUAAGCGCGUGCUGAGGGCGUAUGAGGUCCUGAGGGACCCGGAGUCGCGCCGCCUGUACGACAGCGGGCAGCUGCUUGAGGACGAGGACGGUGCGGACAUCUGA